AUGAAGGAACAUGGACCGAGGUCCACCAAUCCUCUCCAACCACCUCCAUUCCAUAAAUUCCCCCAUGAAGGACAAGGAACCACCAGCAAUAUCGGAUUAUUGAAAUCCACAAUCCUUCCCUCAUUCAGCCUUUACUCCAGCCUUUCGAUUGCAACGUUUGUAGCGGCCAAGAAAACCGACCGCGUCGAGCUAAAAGACUGGCUAUGGCCAUCAAGCCAAGUCCUUAACGCGUGGUGGAGUGCCGUCGGCCGAGAUAUGUAUGAAAAUAAUGUUACAUUUAGCACCGCUUGGGGCAAGCUCAGCUGGACCGAGAAGCUUCUCAUUGGAUCCGUUACUGUUUGGGGCAUGAGACUAUUUGCCCGUAUUGCGCGUCGAUCUGUGACUCGUGGAAAAGAUGAUUCGAGGUACGAGGCAUGCAAGAAAGACCCUGAGUUCUGGAGAACGGCAUUGUUCAAAGUGUUCCUCCCGGAGGCUGCUAUCCUGAGCAUCAUUUCGUUGCCUUUUACUUUGCCACUCAACUUGAGUGGGUCUACUGUUUCUCUCGGUGCGAAAAGUUUGAACACAAUUCGCGCCUUUGGCGUUGGUCUGUUCAGUGCUGGGUUUGCACUGGAGGUCAUGUCCGAUACUCAACUGGAGCUUCAUCGCGGAGAGCGGACCGAUCUAUGUCGACACGGAGUGUGGAGUCUAGUCCGACAUCCGAACUACCUUGGCGAUACUCUCGUGCACAUCUCAUUCGCCGUCCUCAACUUGGCAAACUCCUUCAAUCCCGUCAUUCUCCUCGGCCCACUCGCGAACUAUCUAUUUCUCCGAUGUGUCGGCGGUGACAAGCAGACCGAGGCUAGUCAAGAAGAGAGGUACCAAGCCACUGACGCAGAGAAGCUUACACAACUCCGAGAAUGGCAGCGUGAGAAAAACAGUUUCUGGCCGUCAUUCAAAGACUUGAUCAACCCGUGGGCUUUGGCUAUCUGUAGCUGCGGAGUUAUGGGUGCUUUCGCAGAGGAAGUUGUGAGGACUAGAUACAACCUGUCGUGA